UUAAAUAAUCAAUUUGAUUCAGAAUUUUUUACACACGGAGAGAUAGUCCUCAAACACAAUGAAUCUCUCGCUAAAUCGGAGUGUCCAGAGGGGCGGCUGUCAAGUUUUGGGACUGAACAAGUUCGGCAUUCAGCAGUGGCUGAAGACCAUCGACACGAUCAUCUUCGACGGCGAUGGAGUCCUGUGGAACCACGACAAAGUCCUUGACAAAGCACCAGAGACCUUCAACGCUCUUCGAGCGAUGGGAAAGGACGCCUUCAUUUGCACCAACAACUCGGCCACUUCGGUGGUGGGAAUCUGUCGAAAGGCGCAGGAAAUGGGAUUUCUGGUGGCCAGGAAUGAGGUCCUUUCCUCGGGUCAGGCUUUGGCUCGCUUCAUGAAGGAGAAGAAGUUCAAAAGGAAGGCGUACGUAGUGGGAGGCCAGGGGAUCAUCGAUGAACUCAAGUUGGUGGGCAUCGAGUCCCUGCCCCUGGAUCAUCCCUCUCCGAAGGGAUUCUCGAUGCCAGAACACGUUCAGGGUAUUCUUUUGGAUGCUGAUGUGGGCGCAGUGGUGGUGGGAAACGAUAAGGACUUCAACAUGAUCAAGUUGACCAAGGCCUGUUGCUAUCUCAAGGAUCCCGCUGUAAUGUUUGUGGCCACAGACCGCGAUACGGCCUUUCCGGCGGCUCCUGGGAGAUUGGUUCCCCGAUCCGGGGUCAUGGUGUCCGCCAUUCAGGCCGCCAGUCAAAGGACUCCCUUCACCUGCGGAAAACCCAAUCCGUACAUGUGCAUUGAUCUGAUGCGCCAGGGAGUAAUUCAGCCGGAGCGCACUUUGGUUAUCGGAGAUAACCUGUACUCAGAUAUCCUUUUCGGCUACAACUGCGGCUUCCAAACUCUGUUGGUGGGCACUGGGGUCAGCAGCUACAAGGAUGCGCUCGAUGCUCAAGAAUCCAAGGUUCCUUUGCUGUAUCAGCAAGUUCCGGAUCUUUUUGUGCCAAGGCUGUCCAAUCUUUUGCCCUUCUUGUCCUCUCGAAAUAGAUAGCCUGUGAGACUGCAUGUCAUUGUUAAUAAUAAUUUCUAUAAACUCUAAGUUGUUUCUUGCCCAAACAACACACAAAAAUUAUUUAAAAUACACAUAGAAUAAAUAGCCUAAUGCCCUUUAAAAA